AUGAAGAAUGGGGGAAAUUAUUGUAAGGAUCCUUAUGGCCAAAAGGGAAAUGGAAUCUUGUGGAAAUCUAAUACAGCUACACCAUCAACAACUACCAUCACCACCACUACCACCACCACCACAACCACUAGUAAAUUUACCUUCAGUCGAAAACCACCGAUAUCAAUUGGGAUUAAGUACACUAUUGCAGUCGGUUUGGCUUCUAUACCUUUAACUUCGACUGUUAAUCCGAUCAUAACUCCUGUGAUGACAUAUCAUCAGCUGGACAAUCUGAUAAAUAAAUGGAACCUUGAAUUAGAGGAUCAAGAGAAGCACUCUCUUCAUCAGACCACCCAGGUCAAUGCUUGGAACCAUACAUUGAUUGAGAAUGGUGAAAAGAUUACUGUUUCACAUGGAGAAGUGGAAAAAGUGAAAUUGGAUAGAAAAAGGCUAGAAAAUGAAUUGGAUUUUCUCCUGUCGCAGCAGAAGGAAAUAGAAGAUCCCUGGAUCCCUUUAGAGGAGUCUUUGAAGGACCAGAGUAGUUCUGUUUAUCAGAAGUAUGAAGACGAGGAGCAUAAGAGGAUCUCAAACAGAUCAGCAGAAUUCUGAAUGCUCAUAUGGACUCUCUAGAGCAGAUUAGUCAGAAUCCAGGCAUGCUGCAAAGGAAGGUAGAAGAGGUAGCACAGGUUUUCCAGAAUCAUCUUCACAAGGAGCAAGAACACAAUGUCAGGAUGGCUUUUAAUUGAAUGACCAUAUCUUCAGCGUGUUAUUUUUGGUUUAUACAUUAUUUAAAAAUUUUGAUGACAUUAAAUGUAGUAGUAGUUACAAUUGGUAUAUAAUUUUUGGUUGCAAUAAAGUAUGUAUGUGUUUAGGGUGUUUUUUCUAUUUAAAUAUUGUGCCUUUGAGAAUUGUACUGUAGUUUGGCUUUUAGAUUAGCAAAUCAAAGCUAUAUUAACCCUUUUGUCUAGGAAGCAGCCUAUUAGAUUAUGACUCUGUUUUGUAAUUAGGUAAUAUAUACAGUAUCAUAGUAUAGUGCAGUUUAUAUAAAAUUUUAGUUUGCAUAAAUUAGAUAUGUGUGUGCGGCUUCUUGAUUUAGGCAAGCCUUUAUAAAGUUAUAGUACCUAAUCUGUUAUUCCCACUUCUCCAUUAUUUUUGUGUAUCUUAAAAAAUAUAUAUCAAGAUUUUCAAAUUAUCAUUUAGAAAUAGGUUUCCCUUGUAGAAAAACAAAUUUUCCUUCCAUUUACCAAAAAUAAACUCUUGUAGGAAAGAAAAAACUGUAUCAUAGAGAAAUACAUGCCAAAAAAUAAAUGCCAACUAGUCUUUGGGUGCCUGUUGUAAAGUAGUAGUAUACAGUAUAUUGUAAAGUCUCUCCCCUCAAGGGAACUUACUGCCUUAGCUUGAGGUAUAAUUAAUACCUAUCUGUAUAAAAGUAAUAUAGACAAUACAAGGGAGUGUGUUAUGAGUCACAGAAAGUGUGUUAUAGAAAAUCAGAGAUGGGAGGAAGAGUUAGGGUGGAUUUGGGACUUGAAUUAGGUUAUUUUUGAAAGGCAAUCUGUUUAUUUUUGAUGUACAGUUAUGCUGGUGUUUUACCACAUGAUUCAUAAUUAUUUGUUUGUGUAUUUGUUCAUUUCUUUUUCAAGAAAAAGCCUUGCUCUUAGCUUGAGAAUAAUCUGAUCUCUUGUGUUCCAUGUUUGACCUAAGUCACAAAUAAUGGCGAUAUUCUAAAAUAUAAAAGUAUAACACCAAAAUAAACUACUUGAAAGUU